AUGGAGAAAACUACUGAAGCAAUUUCUCUUACCAUAAAUUCUUCAGAAAAGCCUGAGACAAUAUGUAUUUUUGGAACUGGAGAUUUUGGAAGAUCCCUGGGUUUAAAAAUGCUCCGGUGUGGCUACUCUAUUAUUUUUGGAAGCCGAAACCCCCAAGAUUGCAAUCUGCUACCCACUGGUACAGAGAUCUUGAGUUAUUAUGAAGCAGCUCAGAAAUCUGACAUCAUUGUUAUAGCAAUCCACAGGGAGCAUUAUGAUUUUCUCACAGAACUAACUGAGGUUCUCAAUGGGAAAAUACUGGUUGAUGUCAGCAACAAUGUCAAAAGCAAUCAAUAUGCGGAAUCUAAUGCAGAGUACCUUGCUCGCUUGGUGCCAGGAGCCCACGUGGUUAAAGCUUUUAACACCAUCUCAGCCUGGGCUCUCCAGACAGGAGCACUGGAUGCAAGUCGUCAGGUCUUUGUCUGUGGAAAUGACAGUAAAGCAAAGCAAAGAGUGAUAGCUAUUGUUCCUACUCUUGGACUUACUCCAUUGGUUCAAGGAUCCCUCAAGGCUUCCAAAGAAAUUGAAGACUAUCCCCUACAAUUAUUUCCAAUGUGGAAGUUCCCUCUCUAUUUGUCAGCUGCUCUAUUUAUCUUCUUAUUUUUUUAUGGUGUCAUAAGAGAUGUUAUCUACUUUUAUGUUUCUAAAGAGAAAGAUAACACAGUAGCUUGGUUUUUUCCAUACCACAGUCAUAUCUGUCCAGAAAUAGCACUCAUCCUUCGCUUGGUUUACCUGCCUGGUAAUAUUGGCAAGCCAUUUUGCAAGCUGUACCAAGGUACAAAAUAUCACCGUUUCCCAAAUGGCUUGGACCAUUGGUUGCUAUGUAGAAAACAACUUGGCUUGCUCAUCGCUGGGUCGGCUCCCUUCAUGUUCCUCUUCGUAUUUUCAACUUCUCUUCGGUUAUACUUCACUAUGGCAUUUUAAAAAAACAUUACCAUUACUCAGGUAACAACUCAAGAAAGAAAAUUUGUUUUUAGUACACAUAGAGCCUGGUUUAGUGAUUCAUGUUUGACUUGGGGAUGCUUGGAUUUGUUCCUGUUUUGUCUCCUGGGAAUUACUUCCUUGCCAUCAGUUAGCAACCUGGUCAAAUGGAGAGAGUUCAGAUUUGUCCAGUCUAAACUAGGUUAUCUGACCCUGAUAUUGUGCACAGCCCACACCAUAGGAUAUGGCUGGAGGGAAUUCGUCAGUUCUAAGUUUCUUAGAUGGUAUCUUCCUUCAAGCUUCCUGAUGACACUCAUCAUUUCUUGCACUGUUAUUGUCAUCAAGUGUAUCCUGAUCCUGCCCUGCAUAGACAGGACCCUCAUCCGGAUCCGUCAGGGAUGGGAAAGAAACUCCAAAUCCUCAGAGUCAUCAUUGAAUAGAAAAACAAAAUUUUAA